CAUCUCCCUUCUCUUACCACUUUUGACACGCGAGGUUCAUAUAAUAUCUCGCCAAAAUGGUGAACGGUCGCAUACCGACAGUAUGUUCGAAGACUUACGUCACUCCUCGUCGUCCAUACGAGAAGGCCCGUUUGGACCAGGAAUUGAAGAUCAUCGGUGAAUAUGGUCUCCGUAACAAGCGUGAAGUUUGGCGCGUAAAGUACACUUUGGCUAAGAUCCGUAAAGCCGCCCGUGAAUUGCUCACCCUCGAAGAGAAGGAACCCAAGAGGUUGUUCGAAGGUAAUGCGCUUUUGCGUCGUUUGGUCCGCAUCGGUGUAUUGGAUGAGAGCAGGAUGAAGCUCGAUUACGUUUUGGGUUUGAAAAUUGAAGAUUUCUUGGAACGUCGUCUCCAGACCCAGGUCUUCAAAUUGGGAUUAGCCAAGUCCAUCCAUCACGCCCGCGUCUUGAUCCGUCAAAGGCACAUCCGCGUCCGCAAACAAGUUGUGAACAUCCCAUCGUUCAUCGUCCGUUUGGACUCACAGAAACACAUCGACUUCUCCCUUAAGUCGCCCUUCGGUGGUGGCCGUCCUGGCCGUGUUAAGAGGAGGAACCUCCGCAAGGCCGCUGGCGGUGGUGGAGCUGCUGCUGCUGAAGAAGAGGAAGAUUAAAUGUAUGAUAAUUCUUUACAUCAUUUAACAACGGUGUAAAAUAAACUUGACUUUUCUAAAAAGAA